CGGGGAGCUGCGGCGGGCGGGCGCGGGGAGCGGCGGGGCGCAGCCGCCCGGGCCGCAGCGGGGAUGCGCCGCGGAUGCCGGCGAGGAGGUGCAGUUCAGCUGAAACUGAAUUCCUCUUUGACUGUCAAUAAACUGUGAAACAUGAGGAUGCAGAAGACUAUCCUUUGCCUUUUUGUACAUGAGUGAUAAGAGCACAAGAUCAUUACUACAAGUUUGCUGCAAAGAUGAGUUCAGAGGAGAAGAGUGUAUCUCCAGCUCACAAAACAUCCACUCCAUCACAUAGAAGUGCCUCCUCUUCAUCAUCGUCUCAGAGGGACAGGAGGCAGAGUGUUCAUAUUCUGGAGCGGAAGGCUUCUUCAGGAAGCACAGACCCUUCUUUAAGCAAGCAGUUCCUUGAAAGCGACCCUAUUUCUCUAUCCAAGGAACCUGACAGCUGGGAAAUCAUAGAGGGUCUGAAAAUAGGCCAGACCAAUGUCCAGAAGCCAGACAAACAUGAAGGUUUCAUGCUGAAAAAGAGAAAAUGGCCUUUAAAAGGUUGGCACAAGAGGUUCUUUGUCCUGGAUAAUGGAAUGUUGAAAUAUUCAAAGUCACCAAUUGAUAUACAAAAAGGCAAAGUCCAUGGGAGCAUUGAUGUUGGUUUAUCAGUUAUGUCUAUAAAAAAGAAGGCUCGUAGAAUAGAUCUUGACACAGAAGAACACAUCUAUCAUCUGAAGGUGAAGUCCCAGGAUUCAUUUGAUGCAUGGGUUUCAAAAUUACGCCACCACCGGUUGUACCGUCAGAAUGAGAUUGUGAGAUCUCCCAGAGAUGCUAGCUUUCAUAUAUUCCCUUCAGCCUCUACUACAGAGUCUUCACCAGCUGCUAAUGUGUCGGAUGGAAAGGUGCAACAAAAUAGCUUCCCCUGGCAGUCUUCUAUACCUUGUAGUAACAGCCUUCCUGCCACCUGCACUACUGGUCAGAGUAAAGUAGCAGCCUGGUUGCAGGACUCAGAAGAAAUGGACAGAUGUGCUGAAGAUCUUGCUCACUGUCAGUCAAACCUUGUGGAACUCAGUAAACUUCUUCAAAAUUUGGAAAUACUACAGAGAACUCAGUCAGCACCAAAUUUCACAGAUAUGCAGGCUAACUGUGUAGAUAUUUCAAAGAAAGACAAGCGGGUCACGAGACGAUGGAGAACAAAAAGUGUCAGCAAAGAUGCAAAAAUUCAACUUCAGGAAGGGCCGGCACCGAAGGGCCAGUUCAGCACAACACGACGCCGGCAGAGACUAGCAGCUGCAGUGGCUACAACAGUCCCUUUCAGUGCUACAAUGUCACCCGUUCGACUGCAUUCGUCCAAUCCAAACCUUUGUGCAGACAUCGAGUUUCAGACUCCCCCAAGCCAUGUAAUGGACCCUCUGGAGUGCUCUACCGAGUACAUGAAGCUUCAAGAAGAAUUCUGCCUGAUGGCGCAAAAAGUGCAUUCUCUUUUGAAGUCUGCCUUUAACAGCAUAGCUAUAGAGAAGGAGAAGCUUAAGCAGAUUGUUUCAGAGCAGGAUCUUGCAAGCCACAAUGCUCAAAUAGCACACCUCAGACAGUCCCUCUCUCAGGCUCUCAACCAGAAUGCUGAACUAAGGAGUCGCUUGAACAGAAUACAUUCAGAAUCUGUUAUUUGUGAUCAGGUUGUCAGUGUAAAUAUUAUCCCUAGUCCUGAUGAGACAGGUGAACAAAUUCAUGUCAGUUUGCCACUGUCUCAGCAAGUUUCUAAUGAGAGCAGGCUCUCUAUGUCUGAAUCUGUUUCAGAGUUCUUUGAUGCACAGGAAGUGCUUCUGUCUGCCAGCUCGUCAGAAAAUGAGGCUUCUGAUGAUGAAUCUUAUAUCAGUGACGUGAGUGAUAAUAUAUCUGAGGACAACACCAGUGUUGCAGACAACAUUUCUCGACAAAUUCUUAAUGGUGACCUAACAGGAGGUGCAUUCAGGAACGGACGGAGAACUUGUCUCCCAGCUCCCAGCCCUGACACCAGUAACAUCAAUCUGUGGAAUAUUUUGAGAAAUAACAUUGGCAAAGAUCUUUCCAAAGUAUCCAUGCCAGUUGAGCUAAAUGAACCUCUGAAUACCUUGCAACAUCUUUGUGAAGAGCUGGAAUACAGCGAACUGUUGGACAAGGCUGCUGAAACAGAUGAUCCGUAUGAACGCAUGGUUCUCAUAGCUGCUUUUGCAGCAUCAGGCUAUGCCUCUACAUACUUUAGAGCAGGAAGCAAGCCAUUUAAUCCAGUGCUUGGUGAAACUUAUGAAUGUAUUAGAGAAGACAAAGGAUUUCGAUUUUUCUCAGAGCAGGUUAGCCACCAUCCUCCCAUUUCAGCCUGUCACUGUGAAUCGAAGAAUUUUGUGUUUUGGCAAGAUAUCAGGUGGAAAAACAAAUUCUGGGGGAAAUCAAUGGAAAUUCUACCAGUUGGAACCUUGAAUGUGACUCUUCCAAAGUAUGGAGACUACUAUGUCUGGAACAAAGUCACUACUUGCAUACAUAAUAUACUUAGUGGAAGGAGGUGGAUAGAACACUAUGGAGAGAUAACUAUCAGGAACACAAAAAGCAGUGUUUGUAUUUGUAAACUCACAUUUGUCAAGGUGAACUACUGGAAUUCAAAUGUAAAUGAGGUCCAGGGUGUUGUGAUAGAUCAAGAAGGGAAGGUGGUACAUCGCCUUUUUGGAAAGUGGCAUGAGGGCCUUUAUUGUGGGGUUGCACCUUCAGCCAAAUGCAUAUGGAGACCAGGCUCCAUGCCAACCAAUUAUGAACGUUAUUAUGGCUUCACGAGGUUUGCUAUUGAGCUCAAUGAAUUAGAUCCUCUACUGAAAGAUCUUCUUCCUACAACAGAUGCGCGAUUCAGGCCAGAUCAAAGGCUUCUGGAAGAAGGGAAUAUAGAAGCAGCAGCAUCUGAGAAGCAAAGAAUAGAGGAACUCCAGAGAGGUCGGAGGCGGUACAUGGAAGAAAACAGCAUUGAAUAUGUACCAAAAUUUUUUAAAAAAGUUAUUGAUGCUAAUCAAAGAGAAGCCUGGGUUACCAAUGACACCUACUGGGAACUACGAAAGGAUCCUGGCUUUAGUAAAGUAGAAAUUCCCGUACUCUGGUAGACUGAGAAUGUAGAUCUAGUAAACAUAUCACUCUGAAGAAAAAAAUAACUAUGCACAAUAUGUUUCUUAUAGCUAAGCGUGGUUUGUGGGUCUAUGGAAAAACCUAUCACUCGCAUUUAUAUUCAUCUUUGUAACGGACUUUUGAAAGUGCAUUAGACCAGGCCCCUGACCACUUCUGGAUCUUUUUAAUUUUGCAGCAGCCAUUAAAAAAAAAGAAAGAAAGAAAGAAAGAAAAAAAAAACCCACAAACAAACCAGAAACCUUUUAAAGUUUCAUACACUGAAAAUUCAGAGCAAAAGAAGCAGAUGAGUUAUCCAAAGUCACUCGGAAGAGGCGGUAAACACAGAACUGCAACCGGUGCUUUAAACAGACAUUAAAAGUAAUGUAAUUUAAAUUAAGAGGAAAAAAAAAAAGGAUGAAAAAGAGAAAAAAAAUCCAUUUUGUUUCAACUAUUUUUGUUAAAAACUUUUGGGUCACAACACUGUCAUUUCUGGCUUCAGGUUAGUCCUUUGGUGUGAUGUGCUUGGACUAGCCCUUGUCAAAAAGAUAUGCUUUUCUGGAAGCUGUUCCCACUCAUAUGCCAUUGUUCAUGCCUUAAACAAAAUAUGAAGAUGUACAGUAAGUAAUUUUAAAAUAUGUAUGCUUAGGCUUGUGUGAAGGGCAGAUUUUUAAAACACUAGAAUUUUAUCAUGAUAUAAAUAUUGGAGAACCUGCAUUAUUUAAAAUCAAAAGACAACGAAACAUCUAACUAUAUUUCAGAGGAAUGAGAUCAACUGUACAUGCUUUACCUUUGGGAAGCUGAGUGUGUAAUCAGACUGAAAAGAAACUGCUAAAUGGUUGAAUUUGAGACAAUUUUGAUAAAUGCAUAUAAAUCGCUAGUCAGAAAGUUCAUAAUUUAAAUGACUGAUGCCAAGAUGCAAUCAUCACUUUUACCAUGGCUGGACAUAGUCUCACAGUGAAUCUCAUUUCCCCAUAACUGUUUAUACAACUAGAAUUCCCUGAAGCUUUGCAACAGUGUUGAAAACACAGAAAGAUUUCAUGGGAAGGUCUCACUGGCUUCUCUCCAGAAACUGAAUAGUACUGUAAAUGCAACUAUUUUCUGCCACAAGGUUUACUUUACUGGCUCUGUUUUUUCCUCAUCCACUUUUUUAAUCUAAAUUUAUAUUUGAUAGUAUGGCAGAGGCUCCCAUGCGUUGUAGCUAACAACUACUUCUUGUGUUGCCAGAAUAGCUUUUGUGCAAAAUUAUAUUUUACAGUUUUUCAUAAAGUGAUUCUAUAUUUUUGGUUAAGAACAAGUCUCUUAGGUGUUGUUAAGUCUCAGUUAAUAUAUGUGGGAGAAGGCUUGGCACUUUCUAUUUGAAAAUCUCUGAAACAUUAAACAGUAGGAGAGCAGAUUUUAAUGAAAGGAAAAAAUAAUUUUAUUAGGUAAAAGCUGCAUUCCAUAUGGUAUGAUCUAGUCUUCCGUUUAUGCGUGUAUUAGAGAUCCAGGCACUGAUGAUAGGUUAGAUUUCAUGCAUGUACACUGUAUUUUUUUCAAUAUGUACAUGGCAUACAUAGCGCACUUGAAUUUUUCUGUUUGAGGUUGAUUCCAGUACUGAGACCUAAAAAAAUGAUGAAAUAGGUAUGUGAUCCUGCCAGCAGAGCUGCUUGAACAGUUCUCAGUAGAUUACCACACAUACCUAGUUCUCCACCUUCUUCUUCCUUUUGCAAUCAGGUCCCUACAGAACUGAGAUUACUUUAUUUAAUAUGCAUUUAGUUCUCCCCCUUGUUUGUAUGACAAAGCAACUGGCAGAGCAACUAGCUACUAUUGAAUUCAGAUUUCUUCACACAGUUCUGUUAUCAGGAAGAUCUAUGAAAACCUAUAGAAAAUAUUAAGUAGACUUGUUAAGAAUUCUGAAUGCUCAUGGAUUGCUUAUGAAUAUUUGGUAUAAAAAAACCUGUGUGCAGAUUAACAGGAUUUCUUCCAAAGCAAAUUUUGAGUUAUUCAAAGAAUGUUGUAUUUUUCUUCCCUAGUUUAACUUACCCUGAUUUUUUUUUUGUUCUGCAAUUGUUAUUAUAAGAAAAUGGAAAUAUAUCAAAAUUUGUUUUUUAAUCAUACUUGGUUAACUUCAUCAUACUUGCUUUAAUGACAUUGCAGUAUGAAUCAAAUUGGCACAUUGUGUGCAAAACAGCAAUUAUUCUGUGUCACUUUCCUUAGAAACAACAUUAUUAAACAUUUGCCCACCUCAUGCUCCAGUCUUUUUUGCAGUUCACUGUGAUAUUAGAAAGCAUUGUGUGUGUAUGACUGCAAGUACAUGUGAGGGACAGAAACUGCAUGUCCUCAAAUUUUUUUUGAAAAUUGGCUUUUAAUUUAAAUACAGAAAUAAGGUCUUUAAUUUUACAGUGUUCUGCUAAUGCUUUGUGAAUGCAACUACUUACAGUGCAAACUGAAACCUGGUGAACACUAAAGAUGCUAUCACUGAUUUAAUUAUUUUUUACAAUUGCUGAUUGGACACUCACUGAAAAAAACCCAAUAUUUUUAGAAAUUUUAAAAGUCUAUGAUACACUAAACCUUUCUAUUGAAGGCAGUUUUAAAGCCUACUGAAUGUUAAAUUAGUUAAUUAGUAAGUAAAGAAACAGAAAACAAUGCAUCACAAAAUAUUUGCAGUCUUUAGCAGAAAUUGAAAAGUGCUAGCAGAUGUACCAUAAAGCAAUUAUAGUGCAGAAUUAUCUGGAUUCUGUGCAAAAUCUUUUAUUAAAUUUUUCCUAUAGCCUUGGGGGACAUUGUGGCAUAUUUUGUGCUGUUUCUAAGGAGAAUGAGUUAACAGAGGAUAGGUCUGGGGGCUUCUAUCCAAAUUAUAAUUUUUAGACAACCUGUGAAAUUUUACCGGCACCGAGUCACAGGGGAUUACAGGCUUUCCACAUUCCCUGCCAGUGUAGCACAGAAUGGUGUUUCCCGUGUUGCGAUGGGAACUCCUUUGCACGCUGGCAUGCAUUGUAAGUGCCUGCUGCUUUUCAGCAGGGCUGCUGCUUGGCUGUCUCUUCCCAGCACGUGGGCUUUUUCUGCCACAGGUGCAGACCUUUGCACUUCUGUGGAACCUCAUGAAGCAUCUUCUGGCUCAGUCCUCAAGCAGAGCGAUGUCCUUUCAGAUUAAAACUCUGCCAUUUGGCAUGCCAUCUUGUCCUCUUAACUUAAUGUCAUCUGCAAACUUGUUAAUAUAUGGUCUCUGUCCUUGCCCAGGUCAAUGGUGAGACACUGAUUGACAUGGGCCACAAAAUUGACCCCUGCAGGGCAGUCCUCAUUGCUGGCUGCCAGUGGGGUGUAAGCUAUUGAUCAGCGCCCUUCAAGCCUGGGGAUUUGGGCAGUUUUCAGCCCACCUCAUUCAUCUAGGCAGUAUUUCCUCUUGGAAAGCAUGAAAAAUACUUACCAACUCAGUAGAUUUAACUGCUAUAGGUUUGGUAUGUGAUGAAAAUUAGUGCAAAGAAUUUGACAUUUAAAACCUUUAAAAAAUUUGUUCUAACUUUCCCUACAAAGACAUGUCCUUUGCUUUUUCCUGUGUUUUCUCUAAAACACUUCUGUAUAAAAUAAACAAUCCUUAUGCUUUAGUUUCACAAUAGUGAACUGUACUUUCCAUUAAUAUUUCAAAAGUGUACAUUAAUUUGUUCCCUGUUUUGAUACUGCAGAUAUAAUAGGGUCAUAAUAGCUAUUUUCAUCAAAUGUAAUGUCUUCUAAAGACUUAAAUAGCUUAAUUCCACUUCUAGAUCUGUAUUAAUAAGGUGGUAGAUUUUUUGGCAUAUUAGAAAUUGUUAUCUCACUGGGAGAUAAAAUUUGCAUAUGAGUUGAUUUUUGUACAGUAUCACUGUGAUUAAAAAGUCAUCUAUACACUUAUUCUAAUUUUAGACAGAUGUAAGUUGCAUGAAAUAAACUUUUUUUGUGUUUGGCUUUAAAAGUGAACUCCCUACUAUAACACUCUUUGCAUCUCACAAAUAAUGUUACCUUUUUUUUUGGUCUUAUUUUGAACUUCUGGUUUGUAUGGCAUUUGUGGGGUUUAUUUAAAUAGCACAUGCUAGGCAUGUGUCAAGUAUUGCAGUACAUAUACAUGACACAAUUUUGAAAGAUACUGCCCUUAAAUUCCUUACUGAACACUGUCAGAGCUUUAUGGAAGCAAGUUGCACAAACCUUAAAGCAUACUAGAAGCCAGCACCGAUCCUGUGCUGAUGGGCUCCUGGUGAGGAGCUAGUAUGUGGGCCAUGCCCUCUGUUUCCCAUGGGUAUCAUGGGAUUUUCUCACCAUCAAACCAGACAGAGUGGAGCCCAGCGCAAUGCAGUCUUGCUUGUAGAGUUUUUCUCAAAAAUCCAAAUCUAGGAAUACCCUGGAAGGGAGGAGAGGUUCACUUGCACUUGCACAAAAUAACCAAGAGGGCUGAAUAUGCCAAUUCUCUCUGAGUUUUGCAGAACUUGCUUUGAUUAGCUGAGCUCUGAUUGUAUAGGGAAGAUUUGUGUGGUCUCCUUGUUUUAUAGGGUUUUGAAUAUUGCCUGGUGCAGAGAUAAACACUAGCUGUUUAAUGUGCUGUUGGCUGCAGUCAUAAUCUGAGGAAUUAACUGUAGUGUAGACGUCAUGACUAAUGCUGGAGCUGCGUAAUGGAAGUAAAGGAGUUUUCAGAUUAAAUCCACCUGAAAGGAAAGGGUAUUGGUAUUCACAUGCUGAAAUGACAGGAGGUGUUAAGUUAGAGAGUUUGGUCCAGCUGUGGGAAAAAUGUUAAUAUUGACAGAAAUGUGUAAGAAACACUGGAAUGGCCUCACUGGUCACCUUGUGUUAUACAAAGACCUGGGAGAAAGCUAAAAGUGUCAUAACCACUUACCUGGGCAGCUAGUGGAGCUGCAAAUACUAUCUUGGGUCUUCUUCAUGUAUGUCAUUAAGCAGCAGUCAUCAACAUUUUACAAAACCUGUAUUUGCUCUUUUCUUACAGCUUAUAUUGAUAGAACUUGAGGUAGGAAGGGAUAUGGUGGCAACUACGUUUUUUUGUUAAUGUGCUCAAAAUUGCAGAAGUAUAUUUAGUAUAAAAAGUAAUAUAAUUUUCUACUUUACCAUCCCUUGUGAUUUUUAUUAUAAUUUUGGUUGUUUCAUGGAGAAAGGCCUUUUGUGGGUUUAUUUUUUUUCCUCUUUUUGUUUUUAACAGAAGAAUCUAGACUAAUGUUAAUAAAGGUUUAAUUACUCCUGGGGAGGCUGUCUCACAGAACUCCAUUAGAACAGUGAAUGGCACCCACAAGAACGUUGCAAAUUUCAGUAAGCUCAGAGAAAUGGCUUAUUUACAGCAAUUUAUUUUAUGUUUGUAUUAUAUAUUUUAAGGAGUCUACUUACAAAAGCAAAUAUGUUAUUUGCUUUUUAAACUAGGGAAUGUAAACCACCUUCAUUCAUUAGCUUUGGUGUAAGCUAUGUCUUUCUUCCACUAAACUGAAAUGCCUCUUUAUAAAAGGAUUUUUAUAUGGUAUCUUGCAGUUUUUAAAAGUGAUAGAAAUAUACUUGUAUGUGUUUUAUAUACCCAUGUCCUCCUUUGUCAAGUUUUGUGGUAUUACAAACUCAUCUUUAAUUCUUUUCCCAUUCUUUGCUAUCUUUGACAAACCUCAGAAAAGGGAGGGAGAGACUACAAUGGACGACAGUAAAACAGUCAGCCACUCUGUCAGUGGCACAGGUGUAACAAAAUAGAAAGUUUUCUAACUUUUAUGAAUUAAAAUGUCAGCAGAGCUGCUGAAGCCGUUUCAGGCAAGUUAUCUUAAUACCAUUUUUCUUUCCACUGAUCCAUGACAGCAUGAAAAAAGGGAAGACUGGUGAUAUUUCCUCAGAAUUACUUCUGAAGGUAAAGGGAAGGUUAUAUUUCUUUUAUAAAUAAAAAUGACUGUAGCCAGCAUUUGGCUGAAGGUGUGUUGGUAAUGUGGACAAAAAAAGUUACGUAUUUUAUGAAUAAGGAAACCAUGAAUAUAUAAUCAGCAGUGUGUAAUAUAUUGUCUUGACCUAUGAAUAAUUCAUUGAAGUAUGGUAAAGCUACUUAUUUGUACUCCUGGAGCAACGAUCCAGAUGUUGUCUCCUAUGAAACAGUAAAAUGUAUUUCCCCAUUGACUGCUGCUUUUAACGAUCUCCAUUAAUGAAAGAGGGAUGUUAUGUUAGUGCAGAAUGCUGCUGGUCCAUAACAUUAGAGAUGCAAAAAGGGAAUAGGUGAGGAGAUUGCUUCAAAUAAUCAGAAGUGGGUGACAUCUUUUAUACCUUGAGCAUCAAAAUGACGUAAGUGCUAUACAAGAGCAGCACACAGAGUGAUGAAUAUUCAGCCAGAACUAUUCUCCAUUGAGUUACUCACUCAUUGUGCCAGUCAGUGUAGCCACACAUGGAACAUCUUUUUCUGAAGUUGCAUUACUAUUUAUGAUUGCACUUGUGGCCCAGGGGUUGAUUUGUCAGGUUCACUGGGGACAAUCAGUGUGAGUCAAGAUUGCAAACUCAGAUUUCUUUUCUAGUAGUCAUGUGCUCAAUACAAUGCUCUGUCUUCCUUUGUUAAAUUCACCUGAACAAGGACUAUUACAGUAAUGUUAACAAAAUUAAUAUGUUUAAUCCUCAGUAUUUUCCAGGCAAAGGAAAAUUCAAGAUAACUUCUUUAACUGUUCAACAAAUACAGAUGAGAUCUUCAAUUAUCUUUGUAUUUGCUUAAUAUUUUAGACAAUAUUUUCAGAUUGGAUCACCAAUAAUAAAAUUAUACAUAAAUAUAUUAAACUUGCUUUGUCACCUAUCUUGAAGUCAACAUUGAGAAUUAUUGUUCCAAUUUGAGGUUAGAAAUUAGGUCUAUUUAGUUCUUGAAAUAAGUGCUACUGGUAUUCUUUAGGGGUUGAAAUACACUAUAAAAAUCCAGAUCACAGUAAAUUUUAUUUUCAGCUGAGUCUCAAACAAGACCUUGCCUAAGAACUGAGAAAUAAAUGCUGAUGAGUGUAUUUUGGUAUGGAGGCAUAAAUGCAGAGACAGCAACUUCUAACUUAGUUAAGCUUUUGCUCUGAUUAGCAAAAGCAUUGCUUUCAUUCCUUUAUAAUUAUUUCUAAACUAAUUAUUUUCAAACAUUCAUUCCUCACUAAGAAUUAAUUACAUAUGAAGUCUGAGUUUUAAAAAUUAAACAAUGUUUGGAACUCCACGGACAUGAGGGCUUCUGGCUUGCACCUAAUGCUCAGAUCUUGCUAAAUCUCCAGCUCUCAGAGCAGAGUGGACCUACAGUGCUUAAUCACUAAAAUUUCAUCCUUAGACCAAAAAGAAGUAUCAGUGGGCUUUUCUGGAUGGGAUUCUUCUUUGUAUAUUGAUUUAUCUCUAUGUUAUUUACUAUAUAAUAAGUAAGAAAUCAAGCUGCUAGCAUCUGAUGUCAGAAAUAUUUCCCUCACCAAAAUGCAUAGCAAACUUCUUGUUCUUUAUCUGUUGCUGCUAGAUGUCUGAAGAGGAUACUUUAUUUAGCACGUAGAAAGCCAUCAUAAAAUUAAACUACCAUGGUGUCCAGAGAGAUCAUUAUGAUAGUUCUGUAUUAGGAUAUUAGGUUUUUGGGUUUUUUUGUUGUAACCAGUAGCAAGACUCUGCUUUGGGUCUUUAUCUACUUUCCUUUGUAUAAUUAACUGUCUGGUGAAUUAUGAAUUCUCAGUAUUUCAAGAGCAAAGAAUUCUGCAUUUUGUCUCAUUUUUGCACAAAGUUAAUAUGAAUUGGGAAUAAUGUCACACAUUUUUUGUGAGAUCAGAUCACAUACGCACAUGUAUGAAAUGUAGUAAGCUUUAGUAUUUAUACCUUGCUCAGGCUCUGAGAAUGCCAUUAAAAGGGUAAGGUUUAGAUUAGUUGUCUAUUUUACAUUGCCUUACUGAGCUUCUUUGCUUUUAACAGCCUUUAGUUUCAGAUGGGAAACAGCCCUGCACCAUAUCCUUAGCAGGCCAAAAUGUCAAAACCUAAAUAGCUAAAAGAGCAUUCUUUGCUGAUUGCCCAUAUCCCUGUGCUCAUUCUACAGAAGGACCCCAAAUUUGAUUUCUUGUACAUCUCUUUAUGUAGCAUACUUGUAAAAAGAGGUCCUCAGAGUCUUUCCACUGUGAUUAUGCUGUUAUGUUCGCUAGAAAGGUAUACAGAAACUUGUUUCACAGUUUUGAAGAUAAAUUUUAAAGUCAAAUAGUUGCUUUCUAGAAGUCUAACGUAUAGAGCCAGUGCGACUUUUGAAUACUGGGUAGACAGUGUCUGUUUCAGAGGGAAAUAACAGAGUGUAACUAGAAAGGGUCUCUGUUCCUAGAUGCACCAGACAAUUUUUUCUGUUGUUUGAAAGCAACAGAAAACAAUUACUUAAGGGAAAGAAAGAAAAUAAGAAGCAUUUAUGUAUCCAGCUACCCAAAUGUUGCAGAAGGCAUUCUUUUUGAUCACUGUAGUACUAAACCUCAUCUGCAGCACCCUUGAUUUAAUGCUCAGAAGUUCACUGUGGACUUCCCCAAUGAGAUGAAGAAGAAAAUGAUACUGGGAAAAAAAGUCAGUACCAUAAUUUCUAAAUAACUCAAUAGAAAAUUGAUUUGAAAAUAUUUGUUUUGAAAAUUGUAUAAACUACUUAAAGUAUUGCAAACUUUAAAUGUGCAAGUUUGGUCCUUCAUAGUACAUUCAGUAAUUCAACAUCUAAAAAAAAUUUUUGAUUGAUCUUGAUUGCUUUCCUGCAAAUGCAUUCAUUUGUGCUUGACUAUUCACAAGUCUGGAAUAUCUUUCAGGAUGAUUUUUCUUUACAUCUUAUUAAUUCUGACUCCAAAUAUUGGCUGUAACUGUGCCUGUAAAAACAAUUUUAUUGCUUACAGUUACUAUGCGUCAACAACUGAGGAAUAACACAGGUAGGAUAUAAUUUGUAUAUUCCAAAUCUAUAGACUUUAAUUUCACAUGCAAGAGGUAAUCAGCAAUGCAUAUCAGAUUUCUUUUCGGUUUCAUCUGCUUGGACUCUGAUCUUGCACAGGCAUCAAUAGGUACUUAGCGUAAACAUUGCAGACAGUCAUUGAAUUCAGUUUAAAAGAUGUAGGUACUAAAGUUCAAAUAAAAAGGCUGAACGGUGACAUUCCUAAGAAAUCAAAACUAUGUUCCUGUUUACACCAGGCUUUAUAGUACAUGAAUUUAAAAUCCUACAUGCUUAAACAAAUGACCACCUAUGCAGAUGAGGCUGAGCUGCUGUUGGUACUCCAUUGAACUCUGAACUUCCAGGUGAGUGGAUGAUCUAGCUGCCCAAAUGUAUUUCAGCUGUAGGCCUAAUGUACAGUCAAGCCUAGGUAUUCAACUAGUUACACUUAAGCUUAAUUUUGAAUGUGUGCACUGUCUUGUGGAAGAUAAAUGUGUGAAAUACAGCUGGUUUGACUGCUUGCCCAUCUGAGCAAUAUAUUUGACUUUCCUUUGACUCACAUUUUGGGACCUUAUUCUGGGGCUUUUAGUAUUUAAAACCCAGUUAACUUUGUGUGUCUGCAAAGCUCAAUUAUGUAUGAUGUUUGGAAGAAUGAACAGGAGAUUAACUCAAUGACAAUUCAUCAUAUUAUGUCUCACUCUGGCAAGCUUAACUGUAAGAAUCCUUUUUUCUGAUUUGCAAAGAAGGGGGGUGGCUAACCAAAAGCAUGCUCCUAAUCUCAGCCUAGAAAAGCAUGAAUGUGAGAAAGUGUCUCCACUCUCUCCUUCUGGGCUAUAGCACAUAAAUAGAAUUGCUUUUUUUUUGGCAUAUCAAGUUCUCUGGCUGCUUCAGAGAUUGAACCUAGCCAGGAAGGAGCAGUAAGACAACCAGUUUUAAGUUCCCACACAAUGCAGCUGCAACAGUUAUUCUGUGUCUUUGCACUUGUGAGUUGGUUUUGAACAUACUGUUGUAGUAGUACAGAAUGCAGAUGAGGCCUCAUGCUGACUACCUCUCAUGCAAUAAAAAACAGGCUCAUACAGUAGUUAAUGUUGAUUACAGUCAAGCAUCUUUUGGCCACAUGAUUCAGGGAGGUGGCAGUUGGGGGGGGUAUAGUAAACAAAAGAAAAUAAUUUAAUUAAGACUUUAUUCCAGUGAUGGAUGUGGUAUACACAAUACCCAUAAUACCAACUCCAACUGAGGGAGAUCCUACAGCUUCUGGUAGAAAAUAAAGGUGAACUUGGCUAUGCUAUAAUUUGUGUUGUGCUCUAAAAUGUAACAAAAGAUGUCAUCUGUUUCCUUCAGGCUGAGCUGGAUUUACCAGGAUAUUGUGUCUAAAAAACACACACACAAUUCUAGUUUUUGAGGAAACAUGAUGUUCUUUUACCUGUUGCAAUGUAAUUGGAUAAUGCAUGUACAAAUGACUUGUUUAGCCUGCCAAUGAAUGUUGCUAAUGCCUUACCAAAAAAAAAGCAUAUUUUUUGUAUUUUUUUCCUCAGAGGCAAAUCCAAACAAUGCUAGAUUUGGGAAACUGUUUACUGAAAAGCAUUUUCUAAUAGAUCUCUGAAGAAGUGCAAUUGUAAAAUUAUUAUUGUUCAGUGCAUACAGUACAUUGUCUCCAUCACUCUGUACACUGCUGCUAUUAGUGCUUGUUCUAAUAAAUCUCAAUGUACACUGUUUAAA